UUUGAGUUCUUCUCAGUUGGUUAAAGCUUCAGCUAAAUAUUCAAAUGAAUUCUUCUUAGCAUUUUGCAGAAUCAAAAAGCUCAUUUGGUGGAUCUGCAGCUAUGUCGAAGAACAGCAAUGGCGGAUCGAGUGUUCAAAGAUAUCAGGAAUCUUCUUACGAUCCAGUGAGAUGGUUGAAUCUGAUGGUUUCGGAGCCGUAUUAUCUGUUUCACUUGCUAGUUUUCUUCUCAUACAUCCCCGUUCGAUGCUCCGCUUUCCAAAUCCUUGAUCCUGCUCGCAAUUCGUUCCUGCUUAAACGAGAGAUUCAAGUGUUUGUUGCAUACUGUGUCUUAACUGUUGUGAAGAUAGUAAGGACAGAAAGCUGGGAAUCCUUCAUUCAAGAUACUUUGUUGUUUGCUAAGAUUUUCCUUACUGCCAUUGCUUUAGUUAUGGAUUAUCACUUGGCUCUCUGGUAUGCAUUGGCAUUUUUAGUAAUACAUAUUAUUGCACAACAGCCUCCAUAUGAAGGAUUAGGUUCUUCAAAUCAUUUGACACCAUUGCAGUUGGAGAGUUUGCUUACUGAAGGAAAUACAUCACGAUUUUGGCUGGUUGAAUUUCGCGCUUUCUCCACAACGGCUUGUGUAUGCACAAGUUCCUUUUUUCCAGAACUCUCAAUAACAUACUCAAAUACAAAUUUAUCUUUUGGGACAAUUGAUCUUGGACUCUUCCCUAAUGCUGCAGAAAGAUUCGGCAUUUCUCUUGGAAGCUUGAACCAACUUCCGGUGUACAUUCUAUUUGAGAAUGCUGUAGAGGUUGCACGCUUUCCAGAGUUUGACUCUGAGCCAUAUGUUUUUGGUCCUACCAUUACAAAGAGACUUCUUUGUGGGCGUUUUGAGCUUGACAAAAGACUUCUGGAUUAUGUUAAUGGAAAAUAGGUCAAACACGAAAGGUAUUCGCGAUCUCCUAUUUGUUCGUCCAACCCCAAUAGAAGGAGAUGUUAUUCGUUCUCACACGGUUUCUGAAGAUACUAAUCACUCUUGUUCUUCCCACGAACUUCCUGCCAAAACUACAGGUAAACAUGUUAAAAGGUGCUAGAUCAGACAUGAAAUUUGUAAGGAAAUUGUUUUUUUUUUUCAUUUCCUUUUCUUACAUUAGGAGAACACGCAGUUUGUUCAUAACUUUGUAUUGAGUCACCACGAUAUGUUGGAGUUCCACUUAUAAAAAAGAUCGAAUUCUGAGAUACUGUAAUGAAAUUUCACUUUUUAAAGUUUAAAGUUCAAUACAUUAUGCUUGAGAGGAGAACACGUAGUUUGU